AUGUCCGGCCUCUUUGGACGUCCGGUGGUGCGCGCGGCGGUCGCGUCCGGCGCCCUCAUGGCCACGGGCGACGUGUUCUGCCAGAUGGGCGGGUGGAGCGCGAGUGAUCCGGAGGACGCCUCCGAGGCGCGGCCGCACGACUGGGCGAGGACGGCGCGGUUCGGCCUCGUCGGGCUCACGCUCCACGGCCCCUUCUUCUACCACGGCUUCCGCUGGAUCGACGGCCUGAGCUUCCUCAACCGGUCCAGUCCAAUAGCGAGCGCCGUGGCCAAGAGCCUCGCCGUGCAGGUAGCGCUGUUCCCGACGUACACGACGGCGUUCUCGGGCUACAUGGGGACGCUCGAGGGGUUCCAAGGUCGGGAGCUCCUGUCCAAGGUGUCCGCGUUUCUGGCGCCCACGCUCUUCACCGGCUGCGCGUUCUGGCCCGUGGUGAACACGUUCAACUUCGCGCUCGUCGCGCCGCCCGCCCGAUGCUACUACGUGGCGCUGAUGGGCCUCAUUUGGAACACAUAUCUGUCGUACAGCAACGCGCGCGCAACGCAGCAAGCGCCCGCGCUCGCCGCGGCCCCAGAGGCGCGCGGGGGGAGUCCGGGGCUCGGGCGGGCCGUCCCGGCGAGCGCUGCCGUUGCCGCGCACUCAGCGCGCGACCGUCCCGCACCCGCGACCGCGAUGUGA